GGGCCGUGCCGGCCCCGGCUCCCGGCUCGGCUCAGCUGUUCUCUGCGGCAGCGGCACUGCGCGGUGCGCUGAGCCCAGCCGCGCCGGGCGUAAGCGGGGCCGGGCCGAGCCGAGCCGAGCAGUGCCGUGCCGGGACCGAGGUAGUAGGAGAAGCCGAAGCCGGAGCCAGAACCGGGAACGGGACAGAACCGAGCCGGGAGGAGCCGAGCGGAACGGGGCGCAGACGCCGGGCGCGCCCGGGAGCCGCCGAGCGCAGCCAUGAGCCGCCGCGUGGUGCGCCAGAGCAAGUUCCGGCACGUCUUCGGGCAGCCGGUGAAGGCUGACCAGAUGUACGAGGACAUUCGUGUCUCCAAGGUGACGUGUGACAGCUCCUUCUGCGCCGUCAACCCCAAGUUUGUGGCCAUCAUCGUCGAGUCCGGCGGUGGGGGGGCCUUCAUCGUCCUGCCUCUUGCCAAGACGGGACGGGUGGACAAGAACCACCCGCUGGUGACCGGACACACGGCGCCCGUGCUGGACAUCGACUGGUGUCCCCACAACGACCACGUCAUCGCCAGCGCCUCGGAGGACACCACCGUCAUGGUGUGGCAGAUCCCCGACUACGUCCCCGUCCGCAACAUCACGGAGCCGGUGGUGACGCUGGAGGGACACUCCAAACGGGUGGGCAUCAUCACCUGGCACCCCACCGCCCGCAACGUCCUGCUCAGCGCCGGCUGUGACAAUCUGGUGAUCCUCUGGAACGUGGGCACGGGGGAGAUGCUGCUGGUGCUGGAGGACAUGCACACCGACCUCAUCUACAACGUGGGCUGGAACCGCAACGGCAGCCUCCUCGUCACCACCUGCAAGGACAAGAGGGUCCGCGUCAUCGACCCCCGCAAGCAGCAGGUCGUGGCGGAGAAAGCCAAACCGCACGACGGCGCCCGCCCCGUCCGCGCCAUCUUCUUGGCCGACGGCAAGAUCUUCACCACCGGCUUCAGCCGCAUGAGCGAGCGGCAGCUGGGCCUCUGGGACCUGAACAACUUUGAGGAGCCCAUCGCCCUGCAGGAGAUGGACACGAGCAACGGCGUCCUGCUGCCCUUCUACGACCCCGACUCCAGCAUCGUCUACCUCUGCGGGAAGGGUGACAGCAGCAUCAGGUACUUCGAAAUUACGGACGAGGCACCCUACGUGCACUACCUGAACACCUACACCAGCAAGGAGCCCCAGCGGGGCAUGGGCUGGAUGCCCAAGCGCGGGCUGGACGUCAGCAAGUGUGAAAUCGCCAGGUUCUUCAAGCUGCACGAGCGCAAGUGCGAGCCCAUCGUCAUGACGGUGCCGCGCAAGUCAGACCUCUUCCAGGACGACCUGUAUCCCGACACGCCGGGUCCCGAGCCGGCCCUGGAGGCGGACGAGUGGCUGUCGGGGAAGGACGCGGAGCCCAUCCUCAUCUCGCUGCGGGACGGUUACGUCCCCAUCAAGAACCGGGAGCUGAAGGUGGUCAAAAAGAAUAUCCUGGACAACAAGCCCCCCCCCGGGCCGCGCCACAGCCACUCCACCUGUGACCCCGACUUCUCCCGGCCAGCCUUGGAGGAGGUGCUGGAGGAGAUCCGUGCCCUGAAGGAGAUGGUCCAAGCGCAGGAGAAGCGCAUCUCCGACCUGGAGGACAAACUCUGCCAGUUUACCAAUGGCACGGACUAGCGUGGCGGCCACGGCCACGGGGAGGACUGUCCUGGCCCCCCCCCCCAGGGAUUAAAGCCGAGACCCCGCAGA